AUGUAUGAUACUGACGACUACAAGUUUGAUCGACAUAUAGCUGCUCUAAUUGAGAUGGAAGAUGCUAAGAAGCUGAUCAUUUGUUCUUCAAUCAUUAUUCCAUUUAAAAAAAACAACCUCUCUUUGGUUAAUGUACAUUGGAUAGCUACAAUGGAAAACCAAGGUGACAUCACCUUGCUGAACGAUAUCGAUGCUCUUAGUACAAACUACACUAUCAAGGUGAAGAUUGUUAGUUUGUGGAGAAAGAAGAUGAGAGAUAAUGAAAGAGAGACGUAUCGUAUUGAUAUAAUACUGAUGGAUGAAAUGAGAAUCAAGGAGGGUACGACAGUAGAUUUCAUUGGUUACGUUGUUGUUUGUUAUAAGAUUGAGGACACUAACAAAAAGGAUGGUAGUAAAGGGAAACGUCUCAAUCUUAAGCUUCAAGAUCUCGAAGAUGUUCAGAUCGAUUUAACUCUUUGGGAUGAUUACGCUAAGGACAUGUAUUCUUACAUGGUUAGUAAAAAUCGUGAAGCACAUGUUGUCGUUGCUGUCCAUUUUGGUGCUGUUAAGACAUACAAAGGUAAAUGGGGGAUUUCUAAUAAUUUUGAUGGUUCACGGCUUUUCAUUAACGACAAUUUUGAUGAAAUGCUAUCGUUCAAGGAAAAGUUUCUUUCAAAACUUGCUGCUUCACUCGAGUCAAGUAGCCAUGCUGGGUCAUAUAUGAUGUGUUCUGUGGAAGAUGAAUUUUUAAACAAUGAUGUUUUUUCACCAAUUGCUUAUCUUGGCUCAAUCAUAGAGCCAAAGAAAGUGGUUAUUGUUGGAACUAUCGUAGCAAUCGUUUCUGAUAAGAUGUGGUAUUAUGAUGGGUGUAACCAUUGCAAGUCCAAACUUGAGCAAAAGUUUGAAACUUAUGAUAAGGAAGAUGGAAUAAGUGAUGUUAGAGAUGAGAAGGUGUAUCAAUGUUCCAACAAGGAUUGUCAAGGAAAAGAAUUUUUCCCGCUGUCCAGGUUUAAAAUACCAAUUCGGGUUCAAGAUUCAACCGGUACGGUGACACUUACAUUGUUUGACCAUGAGGCAUUGAAGUUUGUUGGGAAAACUGCAAAGGAACUUAUAGAAAUUCAGGACGAGUUACUCACGACAAAUGAGCUUCCAAGAGAAUACCCUGUUGAAUUUGAAACGUUGGUUAACCUAAAGUGUGCUUUCGUGAUCAAAGUAACAGACUUUAAUAUUGUCAAUGGUGUGGAGAAUUAUGGAAUAUCAGUUGUUACCACUGAUGUUGACAUCUUGGAUGAGCUCAAUAAAAAAUGGAAAAUUGACCAGCUUGAUGUCUCUGAUUCGUUUGGUAUGAGUCAGUCUGAGUUCCAAUAUGCUGGUGGUGAAUGCUCUAAGGAUGGUGAUUCUUACACUGGGGAUAACUCCACACCUGUUUCAAAGGAUUACGUGGGUGACUUGAAGCAAUCAUCUUCUGAUUUGAAGCGUAACCUUGGUGAUGUUUAUGUGAUUGAAGAGGGAUUGGGGUGGGCAGCAAGUAAGCCUCGCAUGUGUGUUGAGAAUAAUGAUCUUGACGAAGAUUUAGGCUAG